AUGGGAACCCCUGAAAAACCAGUUCAAGUGAAAGUAUUUGUUGACAAAAAGAAGAAAAAGGUGAUCUUUGCAGAAGCAGCAGAAGACUUUGUGGACUUACUCUUUAGUUUUUUCACUUUUCCCCUGGGAACAAUUGCAAAGCUCUCAAGAAAGCAUGCGGACUCAAAGGAUGUUAAAGUUGGAAGCUUGACUUCUCUUUAUGAAAGUGUUGUGAGUUUAAAUGAAAAACAUUUCUCUUGUUACAAGGAUUGGUUAGUUAAUCCAAGAAAUUCAUCUGCUUCUGUUUGCCAGAAGCUUAAAAUAAAUCCAGAUGACAUGAAGCCCAUUGCCUCUAAUGUCGCUGGUUGUCAGGAUUAUUAUCCGGUGAUCGUAAGAAGCAUGGCUAAUUUCAUCAUUACUGAUGACCUCACUGUUUUACCUGUCAUGUUUGAUACAAGUAUAAAACUUCUUAAGUCUCAUGGUAUUGAAAACAUUAAUUUGCUAGAAGAGAGAACAAUGUAUUUUGGUGUGGAAGAGUUCCUUAAUCUACUCAAGUGGUCAUUGUUGACGAAUAAUACUUUGACAAAUCUGGUGUUUGAGGGAGCUUCCUAA